UAAAAAAAUUAACUGUCACUAUGUGUUUAAACACAUCCAGGGGACUAGUCUUGGAUGGUAAAAUGAGGAGAAAUAUGUUCUAGUUUUCUGUGUUUGCCAACAACAUAUCAACUACACAACAUAACAUAUUAGGCUGAUUAAAUUCUUUGAUUAAAUAUGAAAACGUUUCACAUUUUACACUGAUUAAUCAACGUGCUGCGUGCACACCGUGACCUUGAAAAUAUUUUUCUUUCAAAAAAAUAUAGGUGAAAUAUUUUCGCUAGGUUAUGUCUAUUCUACAAAAUUAAUAUAGGAUAGACAUACAACUUUUACAUUCUAUCCUAUCCUAUAAGAUUAAUAUUAAUAUCCACUAGUUAAUACACUAUGGUUGGUUAGGAGUUUUGAAAUUUGGACAUCAUCAGUAUACAUAUAUGCAUAUAUAUACUUCAGAAUUUUUUUUGAAAUACCUGUGCGUUACGUAACAAACACUAAGCGGACUAAUUCUUAUCACAUCGUUUCUGUUGACAGUUGGAGUUUACAAACCUUUUUGAUUUCGCUGAAAACUUUCAACAAACUUUUAUUAUGUCAACAAUGAUGUGUGCAAAGUGUGCUCGACCAUUUACAAGUGGAAGCAUUUUAAGUGCUUUAGAUAAGAAAUGGCAUCCUGAAUGUUUUGUAUGUACUAUAUGUAAAAGAACUCUGGCCGAUCAAUCAUUUCAUGUGAAAAAUGAAGAUCCAUUCUGUGCAAAUUGUUGGAAAGAAAACUUUCAACCACGUUGUGCUACGUGUAAUAAAAUUAUUGAUCCAUGUGAACAAUAUAUGACAUAUAAUGAAAGAGCUUAUCAUAAAAAUUGUUUCACAUGUGCUUCAUGUCAUCAAAGUUUGGCCGGUAAACAAUUCUGUAUUAAAGAUAAUGCCUACUAUUGCACUGAUCAUGUUUAAAGCUAAAUGCAAUUGAGAAAAUAAGGAAGAUUUAAAUUGCAUUCAUAAUGACAAGCAAAAUAUUUGUUUCUCUCUAUUUCUAACAUUUUUGUGAUUAAUUUUUACUCUUUAUUUAUCCUGUACUAUUGAAAUAACACAUACACACACAUACACGCUCACACUCAGAUAUAUAAACACUAAUGAGAACAUUUAGAGAUUAAGGAAGACCAGAGUACCUAUUAAUAUUCUUUAACCAAACAUUUUCUGCCUUAUCUAUCUAUCUAUCUACCAAGAGCACUAUCAUACCCAGCCUUUAAGCAACUGUCGUUAGAAUUACUUUUUUUCCCCAGCCUAAUCUUUCAUUAAUUUUUCUAAAUAUCAAGCUGCUAUUCAUUGCUAAUCUUCAAUUCUUUAUAAAGCAAAUGACAGACUUUCUGUACCACUAUUUGUUUUUUUUUGAAUAUAUACAUAUAUACGUACAUUUCUUUGUAUUUUACACUUUUACUGCUGUUAAUACCGAUUGAUAAUAGCCGUCAACUGUGCUACUGCUGCUAUUACGAUGAAUAACUGCCUACUGCUGCGAUAUAUAAACAGUGAUCAAUUUUCAGUUCACUGAUAAACGUAAUUUUUUUUCUUUGUUCUACUUUGUUUUUCUGAUAAAAAUUAGAUUUAAAUUCCAUAUGAACAGAAAUAUUUUACAUCGCAUGUGUUUCUUCUACUACUACUUUCGUCUAUUAUCGAUAAUUUGUUGCCAUUAUUUACUAUUUUCAAAAGUUGACUUCAUUUUAAUCAGUAAUGAGGAAACUUAUGUAUUAAACCACAACAUUAGUAUGAAGAAAUCCAAAUAUAAGAUCAAAUAGACUACUCAAGCAGAAAAAACUAAAAGCACAACACUGAAACGAAUUCAAAGCAACUCAAUGAGUUAAACAAUUAUCAAUGCUAUUAUCAUCAUUAUAUUAUUACUACUAAAAAUAUUUUCUAUUGCCUAAAAGAAAAUCAUAAUUACUUAAGCAAUGAUUAAUUUUUAUUCAAUAAAAUAAUCAUUCAGUUUUCGGUUUAUCCUCUUUUUUGUUUAAAUUCUCCCCUUUUAAUUUUGAGCGUAAUUUAAAACUUUAUGUGAAUGUAAUUUAAAAUACAGAGAAACAAAAAUUAUUAGAUAUAGAAAAUGUGUUUUAUGAACUGAAGAUACGAGUUUGUAUGUAGUCACACUAUUGUUUUACAUACUGAAUGAGAACAAAAAGGAACCAGGUAAUAUAAAUUAUGUUUCCGGGCUUUAGGUAUACUUUGCAUG